UAUAAUAAAUAAAACUUCUAGAAAAAUCAAACCUCUGAAGUUUGUUUUAGAAUAUUUUAUUAUUCCAUUUUUAGGCAUGAUGUAUACCAGAGGACAUAAACAGCUCUUCGACGACUGGGCGGCAGCAGGAAAUGCUGGGUGGAGCUACAAGGAGGUGUUGCCUUACUUCAUUAGAGCGGAGAAUAACAAAAACCCAGAGCUUGUGGAGAAGGAGUACCACGGAUACCAGGGACCACUAACUGUACAGAGGUUCUCUCACAAGCCUGCAUUCGUAGACACCAUCUUAGCAGCGGCGGCCGAGCUGGGAUAUCACCAGACAGACCUCAACGGACACAACCAGACGGGAUUCGCUGUGGCACAAAUGAUGGUGGACGGCGGUCUACGUGCUAGCACCGCGCGCAUGUAUGUCAGGGCCAACAAGAAGAGGAAAAACCUGGUAGUGAAGAUAAAUUCGCAAGUGACCAGAAUCGUCAUUGAUCCCAUGGCAAAGAGGGCGAAGGCGGUCGAGUUCAUUGACUCUACGGGGCGAAGACAAACAGUGAUAGCCAAGAGGGAAAUAAUUCUAUCGGCAGGAGCCGUGGGCUCACCCCACCUCCUUCUACUGUCGGGCGUGGGACCUAAAGCGGUGCUGAAGAAAUUUCAAAUCCCUGUAGUACAAAAUCUUCCUGUCGGUCAGAAUCUACACAACCACGUUGCCACAGGAUUGAGAUUUUCCAUAGACGACGAUGACAGAAGAACGUUGACCAUGAACGCUCUCCAGAGGUUCCUCGACAACCGUGAGGGUCCCUUAGCCAGUACCGGAAUUACACAGGUGACCGGGUUUAUACAGAGCAAAUACGCGGCAGGGGACAUGCCGGAUAUCCAGGUGUUCUUCGACGGGUUCUCGGCCGGCUGUUCGGAGACCGGCAAAGACGAAGAAUGUUCGAACGGUAAGGUGGCAACCACUUGCGGGAAACGCCACAUAAAUAUCCGGCCUACCAACAUCCUCGCGAGAAGCAAGGGGCAUCUCACGUUGAAGAGUAAAGACCCAUUAGAGGCUCCUGCGAUAUAUCCUAACUACUUAACGGAAGAAAUAGACGUCAAGGUGUUGAUAGAAGGGCUUAAAUUUAUUUUGAGACUGGUUGAAACUUCGGCCUUAAAAAAGUGGGGGAUAGAGAUGGAUAGGACACCCGCGGCUGGCUGUGGACACCUCGACUUCGCCUCCGACCGAUACUGGGAGUGUAUUAUAAGAGAGCACACUGGUCCUGAGAACCACCCGGCAGGAUCUUGCAGAAUGGGACCUGUGGGUGAUUCCCAAGCUGUUGUGGACCCGGAGUUGAGAGUCCACGGCGUUACCAACCUCCGAGUAGUGGACGCAUCCGUAUUCCCUCUGGUGCCCAACGCCAACCCUGUGGCCGGGAUCAUCAUGACUGCGGAAAAGGGAGCGGACAUGAUCCGUGCGGCCUGGAGUGCUCCUGGAGCUGGUAAGAAGGGCGCUUGAACACGU